CACUUCAUUCGUAUUCGGAUCCAGCAGUCGUGGAAAGUGUUUGGUCGCUUGAGCGUUACCACAACAAAUUCUCAUCGUCUAUCUGUCAGCGUUGUGAGUGCGAGGCUGAAACUUAUCAGUCAGUGAUGAUAAAGUGAAGUGUUGAAUAAUUUAAGUGGGAAGAGGGGUUCAUAUUUUUCGAUUAUUGGCUUUAAUUAAACCGAAGGAAAGCGUCACCGGGGACAAAUUAUACGUUUCAAUGAAAAUUCGAGUGGAAUUGAUCGUCGGCAGCUGAGAUUUUCUCACAGGACUAGGCUAGUGGAUGGAUACAUUUUUUAUUGUGUAGAAUUAAGGGGUGCCAGCGAAGAUCAGACGCAGGUGGGGACGGCUUAUCGUUGUCAAACAGCUGAGCUCAGUAGUAAUAAGUUGCCGAGAUACUGAGAGUGUGAAUCUAGAUCUUAUAGCACUACUACUAUUGCCCGCACUGUGAGCCAGCCGCCAAUUGAACGGAACAGCGAGACGUAAACGGACAGUAACUGCCCGAGAGUCGACAGUCGUUUUAGCGGAUGCAUUGAAAACGACCGGCUAGUUGAUCAUUACUUGUGAUUUUGUGCAGAAGGCAGCUUUAAUCAAAUUCGUAAUCAUGUUAUUCAUGUGUCACCAGAUGGCGUUGGAGCAUGAAUCAAAGCUGAGAGAGCGGACUGCCGCAACUGCAUCUGCACCCCAAACGCCCGUCACCAUGCGUGACGCCAACGUGCCGAUUAUCUGGGUUCUCGGCGGACCCGGUUGUGGCAAAGGAACCCAGUGUGCCAAGAUUGUUGCCAAGUACAACUUUUCGCACUUCAGCACAGGAGAUUUGCUCCGCGAUGAGGUAGCAUCCGGCUCAGACAAGGGCAAGGAGUUGCAGGAUAUGAUGAAACAGGGUAUCCUGGUGCCUAACGAAACUGUGCUAAAGCUGUUGGAGGCGGCGAUGGUGAAAGCGCUAGCGGGUACGGUUGGCUAUUUGAUUGAUGGCUAUCCCCGCGAACCAGCACAGGGACCAGAGUUCGAGAAGUUCAUCGCUCCCGUAGACAUCAUUCUAUACUUCGAGUGCUCGAAUGAAACAUUGGUGGCUAGAAUUUUGAAGCGAGCUUCGGAAUCAUCCACCGUACGUGCUGACGACAACGAAGAAACCCUAAAGACUCGUAUUGCCACCUUCCGAGAGAAUACUGAAAAGAUUCUGUUGCAGUAUCCGACACAGCUGAGAAGAAUUAACGCGGAACGUGCCCCUGAGGAAAUUUUCGUUGACGUAGAGAAGUCAAUUGAUGAGCUACUGGCAAAGAAGGGCAAAAAAGCCUAAUGGGAUCAACUCGUGAUGUAAAACAAUACGGCUUCAGUUUUACUGUAGUCACAAUACAAUACGUGGAAAAAUGUUGUAUGUUUAAUACAUGUUUUCCUACGUAGGCAAACACGGGUGCUACAACUGAAUGGGUACAUACAAACUUGCGUUAAAACAUUGAAUAUUAAAAAAAACAGUUUACUAUUUGCUCUACUGAACUUAAACAAUCUACUACACGUUUCAGCCAAUCAAUUACGCUUAAUGACGGCAAAUUCAUAGCAAUACAAAAUAAGAUUGUUGGGAUAGUGAUACCAAUAACAAUAACAUCUUUUUAGCGUAGCACAAACAUGUAGAAAAAGCGAUAUAGUCGCGAAACGAUUAUUCUACUUCUGUAUGACUCUAAGAAUUAUAAUAUGUUGAAUGGACAUCUUAGAACUUUAGUAAAAAAAAAACUGUAGCAAAAAAAUCGAAAUUACCAAAGAUUUACCGUACAUUUAUUUAAGCUUGUUAAAUUUAAUAAAUGGAAAUAUAGAUACGA